CUGUUGCACAUUCUCUCUAUUUCAGUAUAAGAACAGUCCAUAUCCACACUAAGCAGAAGAUGUCCAAAGUUCAUACGACGAUUGCACUCCCCACGGGGCAGAAGAUCACAAUCCCAACCGGUUUGUUCAUCAAUAACGAGUUUGUCCCAGCCUUGGGAGGGGAGACGCUCGAGACAGUCAACCCCAGCACGGAGGAGGUGAUCUGCUCGGUCUCUGCUGCCCAAGCCGCCGAUAUCGACCGUGCGGUCCAAGCGGCACGCACGGCGUUCAAGACGACAUGGGGCAAACACUGCCCGGGCACCGAAAGGGGGAAGCUGAUGCACAAGCUCGCGGAUCUGAUGGAGCGGGAUGCCCAGGUGUUGGCUGAGCUCGAGGCGGUGGAUAAUGGCAAGCCGGUCAAGAUCGCUAGGGACUUUGACAUUGGCGACUCGGUCGGGUGCAUUAGGUACUACGCUGGCUGGGCAGACAAGAACCACGGCCAGACGAUCGAGACGAACGACCUGCAGAAGCUGGCGUACACCAAGCACGAGCCAAUUGGCGUUUGUGGGCAGAUUAUCCCAUGGAACUACCCCAUCCAGAUGUGGGCGUGGAAGGUCGCCCCUGCGCUCGCCUGCGGCUGCACGAUCGUGAUGAAGCCCUCUGAGCUCACGCCGCUCAGCGCGCUCAAGCUCUGCGAGCUGAUCGUCGAGGCCGGUUUCCCUCCCGGCGUGCUCAACUGCGUCCCGGGGUACGGUGCCGUUGCUGGCCACGCGCUCACUUACCACUUGGACGUCGACAAGGUCGCUUUCACCGGCUCUACCAUCACCGGGCGGAAGAUCAUGGAGGCUGCAGCGAAGAGCAAUUUGAAGAAGGUGACGCUAGAACUGGGCGGGAAGAGCCCGAACCUUAUCUUCGAGAGUGCGGAUCUCGACCAGGCAGCAAACUGGUGCCUCCUGGGCAUCACCUACAACAUGGGCCAGGAUUGUACCGCCGGCUCGCGGGUGUAUGUGCAGGAUACGGUGUAUGACAAGUUCAUCCAGCUGCUUGUGAAGAAGUUUGAGCAGGUAAAGGUCGGCAACCCUUAUGAUGAGAAGACGUUCAACGGCCCGCUCGUGAGCAAGGGGCAGUUCGAGAAGGUGCUCGGGUUUAUCGAGGAGGGUAAGAAGGCGGGGGCGAAGGUCCUCACUGGCGGUGGGCGCGAGGGCACGAAGGGGUACUUCGUCAAGCCGACUAUCUUUGCGGGCGUCCAUCCCGAAAUGAGGAUCGUCAAGGAGGAGAUUUUCGGCCCCGUCCUCGCUGUAGCGGCCUUCAAGACCGAGGCCGAAGCAAUUUCCCUCGCAAACGCGACGACCUACGGUCUUGGAGCAGGUCUGCACUCCAACGACGCCAAGCAGUGCAUGCGCGUCUCUGGCGCGCUCGAGGCCGGCACCGUCUGGGUGAACCAGUACAACCUGCUGAACAACAACGUUCCCUUCGGCGGGUACAAGCAGAGCGGGAUCGGCCGUGAGCUGGGUCAGUACGCUCUUGCCAAUUAUACGAAUGUCAAGGCGGUGCACUUCAAUUAUGGUGAGGAGCUUGAGUGGCCUCUGGUUUGAGAGUGUCGGGGUCGGCAGUGUACAUUUGGUAUUCCUGUCUUAUAUGUACCCAUGAGUCACGUUAACAGCAAAAGGCA